UUAUAGCAUUAAGAAAUGGCGCAUCAUCAUACCAUGCUGCUGGUACUCCUGCUGCUGGGCGUGCCCAGCCUGAUCCUGGGCAAGGAUCAGCCGGCGCGCAUUGUGUGCUACUUCAGCAACUGGGCCGUCUACAGGCCGGGCAUUGGACGCUAUGGACUGGAGGAUGUGCCCGGAGAUCUGUGCACGCAUCUGGUGUACUCCUUUAUAGGCGUGGACGAGAAGAGCUGGGAUGUGCUGGUCAUCGACCCGGAGCUGGACGUCGAUCAGGAGGGCUUUCGCAAGUUUACGCAGCUGCGACAAACGCAUCCCAAGCUGAAGCUGCAGAUAGCCGUCGGCGGCUGGGCGGAGGGCGGCGCAAAGUACUCGAAAAUGUCGGCGGUGCGCGAGCGCCGGCAGAGCUUCAUCCGCAGCGUGGUGCAGUUCAUGCGGGAGUACGACUUCGAUGGCUUCGAUCUGGACUGGGAGUACCCGGGCGCCACAGAUCGCGGCGGCAGCUUUAGCGACAAGGACAAGUUCCUCUACUUCGUGCAGGAGCUGCGACGCGCCUUCGAUCGCGAGGGCCGAGGCUGGGAGAUCACGAUGGCCGUGCCCGUGGCCAAGUUCCGGCUCCAGGAGGGCUAUCACGUGCCCGAGCUGUGCGAACUCCUGGAUGCCAUUCACGCCAUGACCUAUGACCUCCGCGGCAACUGGGCAGGCUUCGCGGACGUCCACAGUCCGCUCUACAAGCGCAAGCACGAUCAAUACGCCUACGAGAGACUCAAUGUGCACGACGGCCUGGCCUUGUGGGAGGAGAUGGGCUGUCCGGCUAAUAAGCUGGUGGUGGGCAUCCCGUUCUACGGACGCACCUUCACGCUGAGUAACUCGAACAAGAACUACAACAUGGGCACGUACAUCAACAAGGAGGCGGGCGGCGGUGCGCCCGGGCCGUAUACGAAUGCUAGCGGUUUUCUGGCCUACUAUGAGAUUUGCACCGAGGUGAUGGACAAGUCGAAGGGCUGGACCGUCGAGUGGGAUGAGGCGGGCAUGGUGCCCUAUACCUACAAGGAUACACAGUGGGUGGGCUAUGAGAACGAGGCCUCGGUCCAGAUCAAAAUGGACUUCAUCAGGGCCAAGGGCUAUGCUGGCGCCAUGACCUGGGCCAUUGACAUGGACGACUUCCAUGGCCUGUGCGGCCCCAAGAACGCCCUCAUGCAGAUACUCUACAACAACAUGAGGGGCUAUCGAGUGCCGGAGCCGACGCGCGAGACAACGCCGCGGCCCGAGUGGGCCAAGCCACCCUCGACUUCACCCAAUUCCGAUGAGGCGGUCAGCAAUGUGCAGCCCACGACGACGACUCGUAAACCGAAGCCAAAACCCACCUCAACGGGAGUUCGCCCCACGUCAGCGCCAGCUCCAGCUGUGCCCAGCACCACCGAGAAACCCACCACAAAGAAACCCAAGAAGCCCAAGACAACCACAACAACGACCACAACCACGACUGAAGCGCCCGAGUUAACCGAGGAGCCCGAACCGAUUGUAGAUCCCGAGGAGAAUGCCACGACUGGGAUUGAGUUUGAUCCCAGCGAAAUUGAUUGCACCAAUCGCGACUUUGUGCCGCAUCCCAACUGCAGAAAGUACUUCCGCUGCGUGCACGGCAAGCCCGUGGAGUUCGAGUGCAAGGAGGGCACGGCUUUUCACACUGUGCUCAACGUUUGCGAUUGGAUUGAGAACAGCGAUCGGUACUAUUGCACCCGCAUAAAGAACAAGGAUAAUGGAAACGAGACCCGCUAGAUCGGAAUUUGCAGCAUUUCUAUAAACUAUAUAAACUAUAUAAAAGCCAUUUGAUUUGUUAGUUAAGGUAACUAUUUUAAGCGCUCAGCGAGAGCGAGUGGUAGUUCUUAGGCUUCAAGUAUUUAUUAUAUGAUAAUAUAUAUAAAUCACAUUUAAAGAAAGACAAUUAUAUUACUUUUGCCCAGACGAAAG